AUGCUGCUUCCACACCAACCAACCUCCCAAACGGCAGCGGCCUGGAUGGCCUCGGCCAGCAUCCCUCACUCUCUCUCCGGGCAGCUGUCUCCCGUCAGCGCCGCCAUGGAUAUUCCCCAUUUAGAGCCGUCCGGCGACCCGACAAUGGUACACUCCGCAUCCUCGUCCUGCACCGAUUCCUGGAGCACUGGCCAAGCCGAUACGUGCGAUGGAGACGAUGCUGACAACGACAUUGUAUGGGAACAGGAAUCGGACGACACCUUCGCCAUCAUACCCAAAAUUGAACCCAUGGACGACGACGAUCUAAGGCUGGGAGAUGUCAAGGAGGCUCCAUUAGCGCAAACAGAAACUACCCUCGUAUCAGCCACACUGAAGCAGAAGCGACCCCGAGGAAGACCCCGCAAGCAUCCUGUGGCAUCCAUUAUCAACCAAAGUAAGGUGACCAAGGGUCGAUCCAAGACGGGGUGUAUUACCUGCCGGAGACGGAAGAAGAAAUGUGACGAGGCGAAGCCGAGAUGUAUGAAUUGCGAGAAGAAUGCUGUCGUCUGCGAGGGCUAUCAUGAGAAGAAGCUUUGGAGAAGCGGCAAAGAAAAGGCAACCAUUGAUCACGUUGGGGAUGAGGAGUCGCUCGUUUUCACCAUGCAACCUCUUUUCAACGGCGUCGACACGAUCGAGGACAAGAUAUUCUGGAGACACUACGGCGUCCACCUCAGCAACGUUCUGACUGUCGAGGGAGAAGCCAAGAAUGCCUUCAAGGACAUUAUUCUUCCCUUGGCAAACCUUCACCAAGGCGUGAUGCACUCGAUCCUGGCCAUGAGUAGCAAGCACAUUGACUUUGAUACACCGUACGGCGCCAAGUUACUCGAGAAAAAUCCGACAACCACCCUGGAGGCGCUUCAAGCCCGGUCAGCGUACCACGAGGAACAGGCGAUGAAGACUCUGUACGCCGACAUGAACCGUUCGGCGGAGGAGGACAUUGACGAUCGCGAAACGAUUUUAUCGGCUCGCUACGCCCAAAUCCUCUGCCUCCUCGUCACCACGCUGAUUGAAGGUGAACCUCAUGGAGCGCAUCGUGUUCAUCUGAGCGGGUACAAGCAAUUGAUCCAAGAGAGCCCUCCAGAGGAUCCCGUUUUCCUGGCCUUCAUCACCGAAUUCUUCCAGUACCACAUCUACGCAGACGAACUCCUUUGGCAUCCCGCACCCAACCGCCCACGCUUGGCUUCCGAAGAUUGGAGCCCUUUGGUUCCGUUGGACUCGCCUCGUCUUCUGGGUGUUGCUGAUGGCCUGUUUCAACACCUCUGCCAAAUAACCACCAUCCGAAACGUCAUCCGGGAUAACAUUUACAGACGCGCUGAGACUGUUGUAACGUAUCACGUUCUAUAUCGAGCGCAGGAGAUUCAAGAGGCAAUCGAGCAAUGGAUGCCUCUUUGGCCACCAGGCGAUAGCCGUCACAGAGUCGGGCUGACCGUCUACAGCGACGAGCUGCGCCUCGUCUCCCGGCCUGAGACCCAGCAUGGGUUCCGGGUUCCCCUCUUCGAUGCAGCUCAAACGGGAGCCAAACUCUCGAGGACCGUCCAGGACGAGCUCGAUGCAUGA